GCCACACAUUUUCCGUCAUCCAUGGCUUCUCCACCUCCAAAGGGUCUCGAGCGGUCUUCUUUCCUCAGAACUGAAGCAAUUCUGUCUUACUUGACCCUUGUGGAUGAACAAUCUAAAAAGGAGACAGAAAUAGAAACAGUUGCGGUUGAAAGAGAAAAAGUUGCAGCCAAGAAACCAUCAACCAAUAGGAAAAGUACCGGCAAAAGGAAAGCAACCUCUCAUGCAGCUUCAAUAGUAAUAGCGAGAUCAAAAGGGCAAGUUUCUGCCAAGCCAAAAGCUACCAAGAGGUUAUCAAUCUCCAUUCCCUCGACCUCCAUGAGAGAAGCAAAAACUUCUGAAUCUAAGGGAUCUGAUGACUCUCCUAUGUUUCUAAGGGAAGAAAAAGGAAAAAAAGAAAGGAACAUAUUCCUCUUCUUCACAUGCAGAUCCUUCUUCGCAAAGGGUUAAGGGAAAAAGAUUUUCAAUGCGUUUGGCUAAAAAGAAUUUCAAAACAGUGGGUGCUAAUGAAAUAGUUGAUCUUAG